AUGUCACGAGAAGAACAAAAAAAAGACUUGGUUACAGAACAACCAGAUACGUUGGUAAUUGAGCCACCUUCAGAUCAGGAGUACCAUUUGAUUGAACCAUUUUCAUACCUUACCUCGUCAACAGAUUCUCAGAAACAACCUAAACUUUAUAACCACACCACCACAUAUGCCAAGACGGCACUUUUAAUCCUUAAUCAAGAAAUCCACAUAGAUUUGAUAUCACUAUGGAAACAAUCAGAUGUUGUUAUUUGUGCAGAUGGAGGCGCCAAUCGACUUUACCAAUAUGUUAACAGUUUAGAGAAGGAUACCAAGGAUGAGGUUUAUGCGGAGAAAGAUUUGAGCAAUCAGAAAGGUUUGCUAUCGAAGUAUAUCCCAAACUAUAUAGUGGGUGAUUUUGACUCGCUAGAUGAUAAAAUUGCUCAAUUUUAUAAAACACACGGAACCAAACUAAUUCCACAGUCAAGUCAAUACCUGAACGAUUUCAUGAAGUCGAUACUUUGCAUACAAUUACAUUUUAUUUACAAAGAGCAACAACAACAACAGCAACAACAAGGAGAAAAAAAUCCUGUGUGGCCGGAAAUUGAAAAAGAAAAUGGUCUUUCACAAAUAUGGAAAGAUGAUUUUCACGAGCACAGCACUAUUCCAAUCAAGAUUUACACAGUUUCGGCAAUUGGUGGUAGAUUCGAUCAAACAAUACAAUCAAUUAACCAACUAUACAUUCUUCACCAGAGUUCACCGAAUUUAAAGAUUUUCUUCUUCACCAACAACGAAAUUAUUUUUCUACUAUACAAGGGUGUAAAUUACGUGCGGUACCCGUCAAGAUCUACAUUUAGCAGAAAAGGCAAACCUAUAAUACCACCUACUUGUGGAUUAUUACCAUUGAGUGAUCGAAUGGUAGAGUUAACCACGCAUGGAUUGAAAUACGAUGUGUCCAAUUGGGGGUCAAAAAUGACGGGGAAUGUUAGUUCUAGUAAUGCAAUCGUGGGUGAGACUGGGUUUGUUGUGGAGUGUUCUGACGAUAUCGUAAUGAAUAUUGAGAUAGACCUAUAA